GUUGCGGCUCGUUUAGCCUAGCCACCAACAAUUGGCAAUAGCCAAAACCUAAUGUUAAACGCCAAAUGACAACACAGUUUGUGUUUCGUGUGCCGUGUUGACGUCUUUUUCGAACCGAGUCCUAAAAGUGGCCAAGUGUCAACGAAAUUCCAAUAAGCCAAAAUCAAACAACACAAUUUGAAGAGGCAACAUCAGCUGAGCGGUUUUGCUCGUGCCACGUUCACAAUCCUAGUAUGCGAUGGCAGCAGCGACAGCGGCGCUGGAGGAGAAUUGUGUGCCGCGACCCCGCGAUAUAGCCAGCGAUCAUAGCGCCCAGCAGCUCACGCUGGCAACUAAGGUGCGGCGAAAAGGACGGGAGAGGCGACCACUGCGGCGACUGCAUCCGCCCAUACCGCUUGGCCAGCUGCUGUGGCUGCUGUGCUGCCUCAGCCAGCUUCACGCCGAGUGCCCGUCGGUAUGCGAGUGCAAGUGGAAGAGCGGCAAGGAGUCCGUCUUGUGCCUUAACGCCAACCUCACACAUAUCCCCGAGCCGCUAGAUGCGGGCACCCAGCUGCUGGACCUAAGCGGCAACGAUAUUCAAACCAUACCCGACGACAUCUUUGCCGCCGCCCAGCUACUCAACCUGCAGAAGGUCUACCUGGCCAGAUGCCGUCUGCGUUUCAUAGAGCGUCAUGCGUUCCGCAAGCUUAUCAAUCUGGUGGAGCUGGAUUUGAGUCACAAUCAGCUGGCAGCGAUACCCUCGCUAGCACUUUACCAUGUCUCCGAGCUGCGCGAGCUUCGUCUCACUGGGAAUCCCAUAACCCGCGUGCCGGAUGACGCCUUCGGUCAUGUGCCCCAGCUGGUGCGACUCGAGCUGAGCGACUGCCGCCUAUCCAGCGUGGCGGUGCGCGCCUUUGCCGGCUUGGAGAGCAGCCUAGAGUGGCUCAAGUUGGAUGGCAAUCGGCUCAGCGAGGUCAGAUCGGGCACAAUUACAUCGCUGGCCUCGCUGCACGGAUUGGAGCUGGCUAACAAUGCCUGGAACUGCAGCUGCUCGCUGCGACCGUUGCGGGCGUGGAUGCUCCAGCAGAAUAUACCCAGUGGUAUACCGCCCACAUGUGAGUCACCGUCUCGUUUGGCCGGCCGAGCCUGGGACAAACUGGAUGUGGAUGAUUUUGCAUGUGUACCACAAAUUGUUGCCACUGACACAACCGCCCAUGGCGUGGAGGGACGUAAUGUGACAAUGAGCUGCUAUGUGGAGGGUGUGCCCCAGCCGGCAGUCCGAUGGCUGCUCAAGAAUCGCCUGAUUGCCAAUCUGAGUGCGGCACGUGCGGGCGAGGAUGCCGAGGAGCCGCGAACAGCUGCUGCGACACAGGGUCGCAAAACCUAUGUGGUCAAUAUGCUGCGGAAUGCCUCCAAUCUGACAAUACUCACGGCGGACAUGCAGGAUGCGGGCAUCUAUACCUGCGCCGCCGAGAACAAGGCCGGCAAGGUGGAGGCCAGCGUAACGCUUGCCGUCUCCCGUCGCCCCCCGGAGGCUUCGCUGGGUGUACGCAUUGUUCUGCUGGGCGUACUGGCGGCGCUGUUCUUUGUAGUUGGGUCAUCCUUUGCGGCCAUCUGCUUUUGCUCGCUGCGACGGCGACGCAAGCUGCGACUGUGGAACUCAGUGCCACCGGUUCGACGCAGCGAGAGCUACGAGAAGAUUGAGAUGACGGCCCGAGUGCGGCCGGAUUUGGGUGGCGGCGCCAGUUGUGGCGGUGGCAGCGCCACAGGAGCAGCACUCUUUCAAGAUACCGAGGAGCAAAACUAUCUGCGGGCAGCCCACACCCCACUCAACAACGAUCAAGACGCAGUGGGCCAGGCAGCCACUGUGAAUCCGAGCGCUGGCAAUGGCACGCGUCGCACGAACGGCGACUACCUGCAUGUGUCCACGCACUGCGACGACGAUGAUGUGGAAUCGCAACUACCGCAGCAGCAGCUUCAGCAGCAACAGCAGCCACAGCUGGCGCCAAGAAAGGGCUCAAAUGCCAUUUCCGCAUCCGUUGUGAAUAAUGCUGUGACAACCGUUGAGGAAACGGAUCUGCACAUACCACGCCUGAUUGACAUCGGCGGUACUGACUCGGCUUCAAGCUCGAUAUCUAGUCAGGUGGAUGCAGCUGCUCGUCUUGCUGGAUACGCGGGACAUGCAACUAGUUGGAAGACAACGCCCAUUGCGACCACCAAGAUCACAUCGCCGCACAGCUUGCCAGUCAAUCAGUCAACCCAAGCGACAAGCACGCCAUAUAGCCACUAUGGGAAUCAUGCGGCUGAUGAGAUGGCCACCUCGGUGUUCUGCAGCAGCAAUGGCGAUGGCCAGGAGCACGAUCUGUUCGACAGCAACUAUCCGGAUCUGCUGGACAUUGCCAAGUAUGCUGUGGCACAGGCGGCGCAAACUGGCCACGCCUAUCCGCCCACUGGCACGGCUGCCGCCAACGGAGGACUGUGCACCUUGCCACGAAAGCUGAAGCAUAGUGGCAAGUAUUUCCGCAACUCAUCGGAUAGCCAAUCCCCACUGCUGGCGGACAACUCGAGCAAGUACGGAAGCAGCACGCUUGGGGACGGAAGCUUUCUGAACGAGGCGAUAGGAUUGGGCAGGCGAUACUCGGCCGAGUCGAGCUAUGCGAAUUAUGCCAGCACCACAACCUACACGGGCGGAGGCCAGCGAGCCAACAGCUUCUUGAAUCUGGUGCAGAGUGGCGCCCACAAGAGUGGCAUCCAUGCCCACCACUUGGGUCAAAAGCCCAGUCUGCCCUCGUCACCGGUGCAGCAUCAGCGCUCGCUGAGCAGCGCUGCGACGCCGUUGCUUGACUUCUCGGCGCUGGCGACACGGGCCGCCGGAGCAGCCAACUCCUCGGUGGCUGCCUAUGAUUAUCAUGCGGCGCAGCUGGAGCGAUUCCUGGAGGAGUACCGCAAUCUGCAGGAUCAGCUGUGCAAGAUGAAGGAGACUUGCGACACCAUACGCAAAAAGGAGACGCCACUUCGGGUUGCCAUUAGCGGCCAGUCCGCUGCCCAGCUGGCCGAUCCUGUAAUGUAUAGUGCGGCGGCUGCUUCGCACAGUCCAAAGCCGCCAGCAUCGACGCUGAAGGCGAAAACUUUACUGCCGGGCCAACCACCCGAUCCGCCGCCCUAUUGGCUGCAUCGCAAUGCAAUGCUGAAGCGUCUGAAUGCCGAUACCAAUGGACCUGGCAAUGGGGCUAGUGGAGCCGCCUCUCCACAGCCCGGCCAUGAUAUCUUCAAGAGCUAAUCGAUCUUGUGUACAGCCGACGAAUAAGCCAGAAACCAGAAAAUGACUUCGGUGCACCGAAGCCCACAUUAUCUUGCAGAAGUAGUAGCUCCACACAUUUAGAGAUUUUUGGUCCGAUGGUUCCUAAGAAAAACACAAAGUAGAAUGCUUAAGAUUUUUAUACUUACCUUCAAUAUCAACUUGUAGUAAAACUGAUUCUUAAUUUUGAUGAAAAACAAUCAAUAUAGUUUUUUAAUACCCAAAUUAAUGAUUUCUGUUAUAUCUCAAGAAAUCAACUUUUUCGUUUUAGAGGAUUGUUCUCUGUGAUCUUAACUAAAAGUCAUGCACUGGGGCAUGAGAAGUAAAAUAAUAUUUUGUCCAUUUUCGUAAUUCAUUUUAAAUCAUCUGCCAAUUGGCUGCCUGCAAGAUAAUGUUCAUCCGAUUGAAAUUUUAUAUAGUAAGUAUUAGGUAGCUGGGGGUUUUCAAAUGGUUCCAAUGCCAGCCCCUCUGUUGUAUUAUAGAAACACAAUUUUCCACUCUUUCUACUCGCUACGCAUAUUAAACAGUCACAUUGUAAGUGUAUAGACAGAUCCCUUUUCCCCAAGAAAAAAACUAUUUCAAUUCCUAUCCAGAAUGAAGAAUACAUGUCCCAAAGCUCUCGUGUUAGUCUAACUAAAAGUGUUUUUGUACUUUAA